GAAAUCAAAGGAGAAGCAGAAGAAGAAAAAUUAAAAGCAGCCGGAGAGGAGAAGAUAUCGGCUUUUGCACGUGCAGUCAUCUUUAUGUGAUUCUGUCUCCUGGAGCUGUAAUACUCGCAUCUUGCUCAGCUAGAACAUCAGAAAAGGCUAAGACGAGCAGCAUGGGGGCAUAUCUAUCGCAGCCUAACACCACCAAGACCUCCUCCGAUGGCGGCAACAGCAAAAUGAGUUACGGCUUCUCUGCCAUGCAAGGGUGGCGGGUCUCUAUGGAGGAUGCCCACAACUGCAUUCCAGACUUUGAUGUGGACACAGCCAUGUUUUCCGUGUAUGAUGGACAUGGAGGUGAAGAAGUGGCUCUGUACUGUUCUAAGUACCUGCCUGACAUAAUCAAAGAACAGAAGACCUACAAAGACGGUAAACUACAGAAGGCACUGGAGGAUGCAUUUUUGGCCAUUGACGGCAGGAUUACCACAGCGGAUGUCAUCAAAGAGCUGGUGCAGAUUUCUGGACGACUCAGGGAGGACCCACCUGCUGAAAAGGUUGCAGAAGAAGAUGACUUGGACACAGAGGAAGCUGCUUUGCUGCACGAGGAGGCCACCAUGACGAUUGAGGAGCUGCUGGUCCGAUACGGACAAAAUCUCAAUGCUCUGAAACAUGCUGCGGCCAUCAGUGCGGCAGCUAAGAAGGGCUCCAGUGGGGAUGCCGAGGGCUCAGGACAAAAAGAAGGUGAGGAGAAGGAAAAGAAAGACACACUCAAUGGAGAAGUGGAGGAGGAGAGCGAUAAAAAGGAGAAAGAGGGAGAUGGAGUGACACGAGGGGCGAAGCUGCGAGCCUGUCGGAGAACUGCAGGAGGUGAAGGGAAUAGUGCAGCUGCCACUGGCAAGUCUGGAAAAUCUAAUGGAGAAGAGAAGGGCGGUAAAACCGAGGGAGACGCAGGUCCUUCCUGCUCCUCUGCAUCCUCAAAGACUUCUGGAGAUUCCAAGUCGAGGUUUUUCGAUGAUAGUGAAGAAUCUGAGGAGGGAGAGGAGGAAGACGGCAGCGACGAGGAGGAUGGGAGUGAAGAAGAAGAGGGUGACAGCAGUGAGUUAGAGGAAGAAGAUACUGAGGAGGGAGAGGAAGACACUGAGGAUGAGGAGGAGGAGGAGAUGUGUCUGCCUGGGAUGGACGGUAAAGAAGAGCCCGGCUCAGACAGCGGCACCACGGCUGUAGUGGCUCUGAUCCGAGGGAAGCAGCUGAUUGUGGCCAACGCCGGAGACUCUCGCUGCGUGGUGUCUGAGCGUGGCAAAGCCGUCGACAUGUCAUACGACCACAAGCCAGAGGAUGAGCUGGAACUGGCUCGCAUCAAAAACGCUGGAGGAAAGGUCACCAUGGAUGGACGAGUCAACGGAGGGCUGAACCUCUCCAGAGCCAUCGGUGACCACUUCUACAAGAGAAACGACGCUCUGCCCCCAGAGGAGCAAAUGAUUUCUGCCAUGCCGGAUGUUAAAGUUCUGACUCUGAACGAGGAUCAUGACUUCAUGGUUAUUGCCUGCGAUGGAAUCUGGAAUGUUUUAAGCAGUCAGGAGGUGGUGGACUUCAUCAGUGAGAGGCUCAAGCCAGACGAGGGUGGUGAAGUUAGACCUCUUUCAUCUAUAGUGGAAGAGCUGUUGGACCAUUGUUUGGCUCCCGACACAUCUGGAGACGGUACAGGAUGUGACAACAUGACCUGCAUCAUUGUCACAUUCCAGCCACACCCCACUCAGUCGGAGGACACAAAGAAGAGGAAGAUUCAGGAGGAGGCGGAAGAGACGGACAAGAACGACAAUAAUGGCAAAAAGGCAAAAAUUGAUUAAAGAAGGAGUGAACCUUUCCCAGAUGGGAUACUGUGUCCCACAUUGCUCUAGAUACUCCAGAGACGCAUUCUGUCCAAAUUUAAACCCUUACCUCAUAAACAAAGUGUCACCCUGAAGCAGGCAUCACAAGGACUGGAUGUGUUCGAAGGUCCACUGAUCUCGGAUCAUUUCUAUAGUUCUUUGUGUUCUGUUCUUGGUGAUUUUUUUUCGACGAUAAUUCAACCCUCUGUCAUUUUUGCUAGGCCUAAACGGGGGGAUAAAAAGCUGUACAAAUUUUAAGCUUAAAAAAACGGAAAAUCAUAUUUGCUGCCUUGAUAAAAAGCACUGCAGUUUCCAUUCAUUAGUCACUAAAAGGCAACAGGAGGAAGCAGCAAUCAUUUGGAAUAAUUACAGUCAUGCAUUGCACUCUGAUUCAGUCCUUUUCCACUCGGCAGCUUCCAUUUGUUUUGACAAAAGCUUGAAAAUAGUUGGUAUUUAGCAGUUAGACACGCUCACCGUUGUGGCUUUCCAGCAUAAAACGUGCACAUUUACGCCACAAAAUGUCAGAAUGCUCUGGGUGGGUUGUGCCAAGAACAGGCACCUCUUAAAGGUAACCGAGGAUGAAGUGGAUCAAAUAUGAGAUGUUACAGCUGGAGUAACCCUAUAUGGAGCUUCUUAGGGCAGAGAGAGCAGACUGUGUGGUAUUACUCCACAAGUGUUGGUACUGCGUUUCAGGCUCCACUGCUGAACUCGCCGCCUGAGUAGGUUCACGUCUCUUACUUGUCACCAGGGGGCUGAAGUUGAUGGAUUUGGGGUGCCGGUCCGGAUGUGCUAGCUCUUCAUAAGCAAUGCUGUUGUGUGUUUUUUCUUCUCAUCCCAUACAAGCUCUUUCCUGCUAUUCUUUCUUUGUUCAUUCCUCAAGUGUGUGUUCUUUUGAUCAGUGUAAAUUUCCUAUAUGUGAAUCCAGUUUCACUAGUGGGAUAUGAAGCUUUUAAUGAUCCACAAAUGAGUGUCUGCAGGACGCUCCGCACACCGGUCCCUGCUCCAAUGCCUUUUUUAAAAUUAUCUUUAGGAUAAGUUUUAAGGGAAGACUGUUUCCACUUUCUUUAGUUCCACUUUUGUUGAAUCAGACCUGUAACCGAUUUAGAGGGAGGAGCUUUUUUUUUUGUUUUUUUUUGUCUUUGUGAGCACAUUCUGAGAACGCCUUGAAGCUGGACUGGACUGUGGAUGAAAACAAUGCACAAGGUUAUUUUUCUGAGGGGAAAAACUAUUUGUGGUUAAGAGAACCAGUGUGAGUGUUAAGUUCUUUUCUAAUUUUAUUUACAGAAGUCUCAUUUAAAUAAUUGUGACUGUAAGUUUCUAGUGUACCUUCUUGUCAACAUGCCAUUUCUUUCUGUAAAUAGAUUUUUCAAUUCUUGUAAUUGGGGGGAGAAAUUGCAUUUUCUUUGUGAGUCAAUGUGACAUUUUGGUGCAUACUCUUUUGACAGCAGUAAGUACAUACAAAAUACAUUUUCUAAAUAAUUUGAAGUUCAUUCAU